AAUAGCGUCUUUAUUUACAUGAAUGAUGAAGUUUAUUGUCAGCAAAGACUCCCACGUCAAAUUAACAUACUAAAAGACAAUCAAGAAAUGUUUGUGCACAGUCGAAGGACACGUCACCUAGGCGGUAGAGGAGUUGCUUUUACGGAAUACAUGUACGCAUUACUGCAAAAUUGAUCGCUUUUCAAAUAGAAAAGUUGUCGAAUAAGUUCAUUAUGUUUCGACAUUUGUUCAUCUUGAUUCUAAUUCAGUGUUUUUCGAUUUUGUUUGCGGAAUUUCCUCCAAAGUUUGAAAAUGACGCUUCUAGCGAACCAGUAAAUAACUUGAAACCAUUUGGUCAUCACCGUCCCCCAGAUGGUCCUGUUGUUGAAGAACACGGUUUCUUACAUCCAAGAACAUUCUGGGAAAAAUAUGUCAAGAUUCAUAAACCAAUGGUAUUCAGAGGUGCUGUUUAUAAAAGUCCUGCUAUUUACUUGUGGAAUGAUCAAUAUCUUGUUGAUAAAUUUGGAGAUCUAGAUGUGAUCUUAGAAGUUAAACGUGAGAACCGUAAUAAAGUGCCAAAGAGGAUGAACAUUAGUUCGUUUAUUGAGAAGUAUAAAACUAAUGAUAUAUAUGCUGUAUCACUUUUACCAGAUCCCAUGAGGGAUGAUGUACAGGUGCCAACAUGUGUGAUGUGUGGGUCAUUUCGAGAUUUUAUGCACGAGACAAACUUUUGGAUGAGUUCUGGGGGAACAAGAUCAGUUAUUCACUAUGAUGCUGAUGAAAAUCUUCACUGUAUUAUUAAUGGAAGCAAAGACUUCAUUAUGGCUGAAAAAAAAUACAAAAAGUAUAUUCCAUUUUUUUCAAAGAAAGCACAUAGUGGUUCUGGUUUUUCAAAUCUUGAUCCUGAUGCCAUAGACUUGGUGAAGUAUCCAGACAUGGCCAAAAUCCGGUGGACAUAUACUACACUGUAUCCUGGAGAUUGUCUUUACAUUCCUUCAAAUUACUUGCAUCAAGUGCGUGCCCACAACCGAACAAUUUCUGCUACAUUGCUAUUUACUGCUGAUAUUGACCAUAAAUUUAAAGACACAGACUGCAAGGACACGACUUUCAUCUAUACACCCCUGAGUGCCAUUGAUGUACAUUGGACGUACAAUAAGGGUGACCGCACCGUUGACAUGGGUUACAUGAAUGUUGAAGUCUUACGUACUAGUGUAUUGGAAGGUAUUGAUGAAAUGAAAAAAGAUACUGUCAGUUUUGAAGACUUUACUGAUGGUUAUUCAAUGCUGGAUAGUGAAAGAGAGGAAACGGAAGAGUAUAAGGAAAAAGUCAAGAUGAUAUUUACCAAAUUGUUUGAUGUUGGUAUUGAUAAAAAAGUGACAAGACAACAAAUCAAGAAUUUGCCCAGGGAAAAAUGGAAAUUUCUUGCUCGAAUGAUUGAUUCUCCUCAUGGACCUGUUAAAGAUGAGGAAGAAGUUGUUAAAGAAGAGGAAAAAGUUGUUAAAGAAGAGGAAAAUGUUGUUAAAGAUGAGGAAAAAGUUGUUAAAGAAGAGGAAAAAGUUGUUAAAGACGAAGAAAAAGUUGUUAAAGAAGAGGAAAAAGUUGUUAAAGAUGAGGAAGAAGUUGUUAAAGAUGAGGAAAAAGUUGUUAAAGACGAGGAAAAAGUUGUUAAAAAUGAAUUGUAAAGACUAACAAAACUUUUUCAAGUCAUGCAGUCUUUUGAGGGCAAUUAAUGAGUGUUUUUGUGAAUUGUAAUUGAUAGUCAAUUGGAAUUCAUGGAAUUGUAGCAUAGUUGAUUUUUCUUUCAAUAGAUUAACAAUUUCAUAAUAAAAUAUCAUAACAAAAGUGAAAA